AGAGACUUGAACACAGCGGAGGACUUUUAACUCACAGCAACGCAACAUGAGAGACCUUCAUCUGCUCCUCAUCACUGUCUGCAUCGCCCUGAUCUGCCCGCCUGGCCCCAGCCAAGGAGCUUCCUACUUUGGCGACAGUUCCUGCAGCAUACAGGCCAUCCAGGAUGUCUCCUCCUUCCAGUUGUCCCUCCAGUUUAAGACCAGCCGACGGAGCGGGCUGCUUCUCCUGGCGGCAGGAAUGCAGGAUUACCUUUUCCUGGAGCUCCAAAACGGGAAACUACAGGCGCGGAUGAAUAUGGGGGCCGGAGAGAUCACACUGUCCUCUUCUGUUGGAGUCCAACUAAACAACCUCCUCGAUCACAAAGUGUCACUCACGUUACAGGAUUCUAAACUCACCAUGAUGAUCGACGACCUGUUCUCAACUUACAUCCCCAUGUCCAAUGCCGAAGAGGAACUCAACAUCGACCUGGGUGUUUGGCUGGGAGGGAUAGGACAGCUAGAUGCCCCUUAUCUCAGCAGCGCCAUCACACCCUUCCGCGGUUGCAUGAAUGAUGUAAAGUUUGAGUCCCAUGGUUUUGAUAUUCUGAACUCUGUGUUGACAGAUUGUCAGGACACCAAGGAAUCUUGCAGCAGUGAGUUUGAGGCUGGCGAUGGAGAAGCAACCAGUUUCAUUAGCCCAGAUUCUUUUGUGUCUUUUCCCACCUGGAGUGGGGCUAGCGACGGCGUACGGACCUUGGAAAUCCUGAUGAAAACCACCAUUGAAGAUGCAUUGCUUGUGUUCCACCCUGGCCGAGAGUCUGAUUUCAUUGCCGUUGGUGUUGUUGGGGGUUAUCUCAAAGGCGUUUUGGAUAUUGGCAGUGGCAUGAAGGUGUUGGAAAACACCCAAGUGCAGCUGGAUGAUGAUCAGUGGCAUAGAAUUAGGAUCCAGAUUGAUCAGAGUAAAUUUGACAUCAAUGUAGACAGUCAGUCCACCUCAAUCCCUCUCCAAAGCUCAGAAAAAUUAGACUUAGUUGGGAAUCUCUAUUUGGGAGGAGUCCAGGGGAAAAUGAAGGAGGUGUUCCGGGAUAGCGGGUUCUUGAAUCGCAUGGAAGAUGAAAUAACGUCCGAAUCCUUUAUCGGAUGCUUGGGAGAAAUCAAAGUAAACCAGAAGGAUAGAAGCCUACAAGAUGCUUUGGUUACCAAAGAUGUUCAUGUUAAGUGCGAGGGAGAGGACUAUGACUACUCAAGCUAUUAUGACGGGGAGGCAACCACAACCGCUGCCCCAGUUCGGAUUCAGUAUGUUGAUGUAGAUCCCAAUGAGCUACACUGCCAUCCAUCAGACGACCUUCCAGAGAUAUUUAGAAACGUAACAAAACUCCUGGAUGUCACGACAUUAAUUGUGCCUGAAGGUGGAGAAGUUUUCCUCGGUAUAAACAACCUUCUCCCCACAUUUGACCUCAGCAAAGUAGAAAUGCGUCAGUCUCAGAUAAUUUUUACUCUUAUGAAUGAUCCCUGGUAUGGACUAGUUGACAUGGACAUUAGCACAAGACGCAUCCAAAAGUUCACUCUUCUUGACGUCGUCAAUAAGAAAAUUAAGUACCUUCAUGAUGGAAAUGAGAGGCACAGAGAUCAAAUCCAAUUAGAAGUAAUUGCUGAGAGAAACGGAUACCUUCCAGAAUGCCUUAAAACUCCCCAGCAGUACAUACUUCCUGUUGAGGUUAUUCCUGUCAAUGAUAUACCUCAGCUUAGCGGAGGAGACAUUUUUAUCACAGAGCAUGGGAGGACUCGCUUGAGCCCCAACCUCAUCAAAAUCGUGGACUCUGACACACGCUGUGAUGAGUUAGUCGUAACUGUGACCUCAGAACCAUCUGUGGAGGUUGGUUACUUGGAGAAUGCCCAGCAACCAGGAAAAAGCAUCACAGAGUUCACCUGUAGACAGUUGAAAGAUGGCAAUAUCUAUUUCGUACACAAAGGGGGCAGAGCGAGUGAAAUGAGCUUAGAAGUAUCAGAUGGACUCUCAAUAAGUCAGUCGACCACUUUCAAGAUGUCGGUGACGCAGCCACAUAUGACUAUUGUCACCAAUACUGGGCUUUUCUUAUUUCAAGGGAGCAGUUCUCUGAUAGGUAUAAACGACCUGGCUGCACUUGCUCAUCCUCGUAAUGGAGAUAUCAUGUAUAACAUCACACAGCCUUUAAGGUUUGGAGAACUGCAAAUUAUCAACAGGAAUACUGUUCCUAGACCAGUAACCACAUUCUAUCAGUCAGACUUGGAACAAGACCGCCUCAGGUAUAUUAGCACAGACUCAAGCAACCAGGAGGAUAUUGUGGUUGAGCAAAUUCAAUUUGACAUCCAUCUGGGACAGUUCACCCUUUGGAACAACACCUUUUUAGUCAAGGUCAUGCCUGCUCAGGUGAAGAUUUCAAACCUGGUCCCACUGGACAUAGAGGGAGAGGAAGAGAAGAUAAUCACACAUGCUGAACUUGAGGCUGAGGUCAAAGGGCAAACUCCAGAUCCAGUGACAGUAAGUUACGUCCUUGUUAAGCUUCCGGCACUGGGCUCUCUACUUCUGCUGGACAAGGAGCUAGUCGAAGGAGAUAGCUUCACCCAGCAGGACAUUUUGCAACAUCAUGUAAGCUACAGACUCCAGAUGCGUAGAGCUGUGGAUAGAGUGGACCAGUUCCAGUUCAGGGUCUUGGCUGCAAAUGAGUACUCUCCUUUAUACACCUACCCAAUAAACAUCCUCGCUGAUUCAAAUGCUCCUGUUUUGACUAAUGAGAGACUGGUUGUUUUACAUGGUGGGGAAGACACUCUGAACAAAAACUAUCUCUGGAUCCAGUCACCAAGCUCUAUGGAUAUUGUAUACAAAGUAACCCAAGACCCAAAGUAUGGCCGCCUUAUAAGACAGUCACCACCUGGGCAGCUCAGAUUUGAGGGGGCAAUCAGAGUAUUUAGCAAUGAAGACCUUGAGCUUGGCAGACUCAUCUAUAAGCAUGAUGGCCUCAAGACAAGCAGUGAUGAGUUCCACUUCACAGCAUUUGAUCAUGCAAAAGAACGGUCAAACAUUCAAACUAACGGCCAAGAAUUGUUGAGCGGUGUUUUUAGAAUAUUGAUCCAGUCCAAGAAUGAGCAUGUACCUGUUAGAGUUGUGGAUAAAGUCUUCAAUGUGGUUCGUCAUGGACAACGUUUAUUGACCACAGAUGUCAUUCAGUUCAAAGAUGAUGACUUGGGUUUCAAUGAUUCCCAAAUCAUCUAUGGCCGCGAGGGAAUCCUCUCUGGCAACAUUGUCUUGACAUCCAAUCCCUCGCAGCCGCUUUUCCGCUUCACACAAGCCGACCUGAGAGAUAAGAAAGUCCUCUUCAUUCACCAUGGUGCCAAUCAGGAACGCUUCCAGCUACAGGUUUCCGACGGGUUCCACAAGACUGCCGCACUGCUCUUGGUCCAGGCAGGCGACCCCUACCUGCGAGUGGUAAAUAACACGAUGGUCGUCAUGGACCAUGGUGGCACAAAGACACUCAACACCACCCUCUUGAGUGCUGACUCCAACAUAGACAUCAGAGAGGAGAGCGAGAUCCAGUUCCAGGUGACGUCGCCACCCAGUGAUGGAAGAAUCAUUGUUAGUGGGAUUGAGGCCUCCGACUUCACCCAGGAGGACCUGAAGAAGGGCGUUGUGUCAUAUGAGCAUAACUAUGAGAGUUUGAGGUCCAAGGACUCAUUUAGCUUCACAGUCCAAGCAAAAGGUUUUUCUGAGGAGGGAACAUUCAGGAUUAAAAUAUUCAAGCAAGGCUAUCUGUCUGAACCUGAAGUUUUGAACAACAAGGUUAUCAUCUCUUAUGAAGGAGAACAUACCGUCAUUGACCAUGACCACCUCCAGGUGAAACAAGCCGACAUCCUGCCCUCAGAAAUGGUGUUUACCAUUAAAGAGCCACCUCGCCUUGGCCAUGUGGUGAUGCUGGUGAACAACUCUGACAGCACCGCCUCGCCCGUCCUCGACUACAUUCACUCUUUCACUCAGGAGGACGUCAACCAGGGACACAUUCUCUACGUGUCGGCGUCUGUCCAGGGCAGCGAUGCAUUCAGGGCAGACGUGAGUAAUGGCUUCACGACGGUGGAGGGCCUGCAGGUGUCUGUGAACAUCGUCCCUCGCCUCAUCCCCGUCCACUCCCUCAACUUCACCGUCAGGGAAGGUGCCGGCGCUUCCGUUACUGCAGACAUCCUGAACAUCUCGCAUCCCUUCUACAGUUCCGUCAACAUUGACUUCAUGGUGGACGAGCCGCCGCAGCAUGGGGACCUGCGCUACCUGGACGGCGACGAACUAGACCUCACAUCCUUCACCUGGGAGGAGGUGAAGCUGGGACAUGUCUACUACAUGCACGACAGCACAGAGACCACGGAGGACAGCUUCACGCUCUCCGCCUCGGCCUAUGACAUCCAGCGGCGGAGCGUCCCCGUCACCAUCCAUGUGACUGUCGUACCUGUCAACGAUGAACCGCCAAUGCUGACACGGAACACGGGACUGGAGGUGCUGGCCGGCGAGGAGGCGGACAUCACGACCAGCAUGUUGAGAGCCGAGGACGCCGACACACCGGCGGAGGAGCUGCUGUACCACGUGGAGUCCCCGAGCGCCGGGCGCAUUUCCCUGAAGGAGUCUCCGGAGGAGAGCAUCCUGAACUUCACACAGAGUCAGGUCAACAACGGGGAGGUGGUCUUCAUCCACCAAGGUGAGGAUUCGGGCGGUUUCAGCUUCACGGUGACGGAUGGCGAGCACACGUCUCCUCUCUACCGGUUCAUUGUCACUGCCAGACCUCUGACUAUCACCAUGGAAACACAGGAGGAGCUCAUGGUCUUUCCAGGAAUGAGACAGCCAAUCACCGGUGCCAAUCUCGGGGCUGUGACCAGUGAGGAUGGAGAUGAGAUCAGCUACUCGCUGGUCCGCCCGCCCCGCCUGGGAAGACUGAUCCUCGCCAAGGAAAGCAACCGGUUUGAGGAAAUCACCCAGUUCUCCCAAAGCCAGCUGGACUCGGGAGCGGUGUUCUACGAGCACCAGAUGCCUGAGGAGCCAUUCUGGGUGGUGAGGGACUCAGUGGAGCUCCUUCUGUCUUCUCCUCCCGCUCCGGACGUCCGUCACAUCCUCCCCAUCACCGUCUCCUACUACGCUGCCCACCGCAACAUCUCCCAGCUCUGGAGGAACAAAGGUCUGGAGAUUGUCCAGGGCCAAAGGAAGGCUAUUGACAGCUCCAUUCUCGACGCCUCUAAUCUUCUGGCCAGCCUUCCUGAGUCUGAACGAGGCCUCCUGGAUGUUGUCUUUGAAAUGAGACGUUUUCCUGCUCAUGGACGCAUCACCCUGGGAGGUCAGGACCUCCCACGCGAUGCCCCCUACUUUAUGCAGGGGGACGUGACCCAGGGCAACCUGGAGUACCUCCAUGAUGACUCUGGAUCCUCCUUGGACAGCUUCUCCUUCCGGGCCCGUCUUAACCCUCCAGGCCAUGGUGUUGCUUCCUCGGCCCAGUCUGUGGUGCUUGAGGAGAUGUUCAAUAUCUCCAUCCGUCGGCGAGACUCAACCCCCCCCGAACUGGUCAGCAUAGACAUGCUUCUGGAGGUUCUCCAAGGAUCCAUGACCAUCUUGACACAGAAGCACCUUAACACCCAGGACGAGGACAGCCCACCAGAUGAGGUGCGCUUUAAGGUGACCAAAGCCCCCAAAAAUGGACGACUGGUUGACUCGCUCACGAUGGACCCCAUCUCUGAAUUUACACAAGAGAUGGUCAACCGCGGGCAAUUGGGUUUUGUUAGCGAUGGCAGCUUGGCAGAUGGCUUUGUUGAAUUCAUUGUGUCAGAUGGAAAACACCAAACGGAGCCACACACCCUCCACAUUGGUGUCCUGGCCCGCACACUAGUUCUCGCCAAAGCUCUGGAGAUCAAGGUGAAGCAAGGGGAUGAUGAAACUUUAAUAACGGAGGAGAUGUUGAGGGCAACCACAGGCGGGCCUAUCGAGGAAGAUGUCCUCUACAAGAUUACAAAUAUUCCCAAGUAUGCUGCUGUCAUGGUGGACCGCCAGCCCACUUCAGCCUUCACACAGAAGCAGAUCAAAGAGGGUCGAGUCAGCGUCCGCUUUGUGAAAUCCACCUCGCCCCGUGACAGCGUGGCAUUUGUGGCAAGAAGUCGCGCUGCUAAUGUCUCUUCUGUGCUCAACAUCACUGUUCAGCCUCUGGCCAAUAUCGCUCAUAACCCUCUCCUCCCCCGUGGUGCCCUCAUUCAGCUGGACAGGAAGCUCCUGGAUGCUUCUCCCCUGGCCAACAAGACCAGGACCUCUCCCAUGUUCAGCGUCAUCCAGCAGCCUCGCGGAGCUCGAUUUGUGAGGGGCAGGGAUCCUGGGAUCGGUCAGCCCGUAGACACCUUCAGCCAGCGAGACUUAGACGAGGGUCGUGUGGCUGUGGAAAUCCUAAACUCUUCUUCUGGGUCAAAAGAUGAUGUAGAACAGGAUGAGGCCCGCUUCCUGCUCAAGGCCCACGGCGUCCCCCCUGCAGAAUGUGUGCUUUCCUUCCAGACAGGCCACUAUAACGCCUCCAGCUUCUACCCUGCCACUCUCCUCAGGGUCCCUCAAGAAUCACCCUGGAUGGAUAGCAAUGACCUCCCCGAGGGGACAGGGUCACCGCGUGCCACCCCAGCUGGCCCCCGCUGGAGGGGUAACAUGCACUGGCCCCAUGGAGAUGCCCUGACCACCACCUCCUCCUCUGGCACAGACACCCACAGGAAGCCAGUGGUCUCCCGACGAAACAACCUUUGGUCCAUUCUUAUCCCAAUUCUGGUCAUUCUGCUCCUCCUGCUACUGGCAGCCAUUUUGGCUUACUACUUGAUCCGCAAAAACAAGACGGGCAAACAUGAUGUCCAGACGGCGGCGUCAAAGCCCAAAAAUGGAGAAGUGGCAAGCACGGAAACGUUUCGCAAAACUGACGCUGCCAAUAAUAUCCCCAUGUCCAACAUGGACUCCAAAGACACAGACCCGGAGCUGCUGCAGCACUGUCGGACAUCGAACCCAGCGUUGAAAAAGAACCAGUAUUGGGUUUGAGACAUUUUGAGACAGAAGACAAACGGAGGUAAAUCCUCAGAUUGAUUGGAACACUGCCUCCUCAGUAUUGAAGACCUCCUCAGUAUUGAAGACCUCCUCAGUAUUGUAGGCCUCUUGCCACAGCAGUAGAGAUGAAAAUGAUUUUCUGGUGUCUUUAGUCACUCUUUUAUCGCAAUUAAACUAUGGACAAAUUCUCAGGCAACAAAACACUGAAUACUUAGCGGCAAAGAAAGAGGCAGUUUCUAAUCUUGGAGGCUUCAGCCAUGUCUAUUUAUUUUAGUUUUAUCAUUCCUUUUUUCAAAGGGCACACAUGAGGACAUAAACAUGCCUUAUGUUUGCAAAAAAAUUAUUUUGGGUGUGCUCAUGCAAUGUAUUCCACAAGGUAUCAUAGGCCAAUAUUAUUCAUCGACGACAUCUGUAAUUUAACACUUUGGUGAUAAUUUGAUUGUAGUUGUAGUUUUAUGGGGAAAGGAUAAGUUUGUACAUAAAUCAAAUGUAUGAAGUAGAUAUAAGCUGUAUGAAAGACAAGACGACAAGCUGCCUCUUAGUCUUUUCUGUUUAUUUUUCUAUCAAAAUACUUAUACGUUUUUGACUCUUGGGUCUAAAUUCAGUUAAAUUUCAAGCAGCAACGUUGAUCCAAAAAAUUUGUCAUUCAAAAGUGCUGUGUAUAAUUCUACCUGCAUCCUGACCUUGAUGGUUCUGCAAUGUGACGAGCAAACCAAACCAAACUAAUUUCAAUAGAAAGAUCGAACGUUUAACAUCAUGUUCUGUUUUUGAAGACUCUCAGAAGGCAUUGUUCCUUAGGAUCGCUGCAUAGUUCUCUACCAGACUUAGGAUCGCUGCAUAGUUCUCUAUCAGACAAUCAAGUCAAAGUCUUUUUUUCCUCAACAAAGAGUGGGAAAUUGAGGCCUUUAUUUAUCAGGAGCGUAGAGAUAGAUGGGAAACAUAGGGUGAACAGAGAAGGGUAAGAGACACGGCAAAGGUUCUGAGCCAGAUUUGAACCCGGGAUGCUCCGGUCAGACCUGAUCCACCAGAAUGCCCCACAUUCUUUGUUGGAUGUGGGCAUCAAACCAGAACAUGAUGCAGUUAGUAGGUCUGGGCCCUAUAUUUUAAUCACUCAGUAACACUGCUAAUAAUCACUAGUCAUGUUAUAAUAUUCACUAGUCAUGUUAUGAUAUUCACUAGUAGUAUCAUGAUAUAGGGUGCCACAGUGGGGCAGUGGUUAGUCCUGUCACCUCACAGUAAGAAGGUCCUGGGUUUGAUUCCUAGCUGGCCUGCUGGGGUCCUUUCUGUGUGGAGUUUGCAUGUUCUCCCCGUGUCUGCGUGGGUUUCCUCCGGGUGCUCCGCUUUCCUCCCACAGUCCAAAGACAUGUAGGUCAGGUGAAUCGGCCGUACUAAAUUGUCCCUAGGUGUGAAUGUGUACAUGAAUAUCUAUGUGUUUUUCCAAAGGAGUUGAAUCAAGUGCAACUGGACUUGGUAUAUAUCAGUGAAGACAUUUCGGCUCUCAUCCAAGAUGCUUCAUCAGUUCGUGCCUUUCUGACUAGACAAAGCUAGUCUGACUGGCUGGUGAUGAGACUCAGAAUUUAUCCUCUUUGGAGUCGUUGGAGCCACUCAUAUCUAUGGCUCUGUUAGCGACGGGCGUUGGUAAACAUCUAAACAUCGGAACACAAAGAGCCAUGGUCAUCUAUAGCUCUGACAACGACUCCAAAGAGGAUAAAUUCUCAGUCUCAUCACCAGUUGCACUUGAUUCAACUCCUUUGGAUAACCAUGACCUGGAUGAAUGAGAACAUUCACAGACAUCUAUGUGUUUGCCCUGCGAUGGACUGGCGACCUGUCCAGGGUGUUUCCCUGCCUUCCACCAAAUGAGCACUGGGAUAGGCUCUAGCACCCCGCGGCCCUAAUUAGGAUAAGUGGCUUGAAAAAUGUAUCAUAGUAUGUACUAGUAAUAUUAGUGUAUUUACCGGUCAUAUUUUGACAUUUACUAGUCAUAUCGUGAUAUAUGCUGAUGAUAUUGUGAUAUGCACUAGUCGUAUCUUGAUAUGUACCAGUCAUAUUAUGGUAUCCAUCCAUCCAUUAUCCAAACCGCUCAUCCUGCUCUCAGGGUCGCGGGGAUGCUGGAGCCUAUCCCAGCAGUCAUUGGGCGGCAGGUUGGGAGACACCCUGGACAGGCUGCCAGGCCAUCACAGGGCAAUUUACUUGUCAUAUUUUAUGUACAAGUCAUACUAUGACAUUAACUAGUUGUGAUGUUCACUAGUCGUAUCUUGAGACGUACUAGUGAUACCAUGCUUCAGGAAAGUCAACAUAGCACUUUUAAAAUGAAAGUUUGUUCCAAAACCAGCAGAUCUUUAAUUAAAUUUAUACCGAGUGGUCCCGUGAUAUUCCAUCUCUUUUUCUCUCCACACACACUUUGCUUGCUGAAGGCUUGUUAAUAUUCACUGGACUGGCUUAGAACUGACCACAAAACUGCACAGUACACAGUUUGUGGAGCGCAGGCAGGACGUGUUUCAAACGUGUUGCUCUUGAACACAUCCUUUACUGGCUGACGAGCCGGGAUGAGGUCAUGGGGAACAGGGAGGGUUAUUUUCCAAGCCUGCAAUUAAGAUUUCAUAGAAGCUGAGAGCAGUGAGGGCCUGGCUGGGAGUGAUGUGUAAAACACUCCUCUCAUUACAUCGCACAGACUUAAAACGGCUUCCUGAUGGACGUUUUGAUCGAAUCAACAAAUUUUUUUUGGGGGGGGGGGGUUCAGUCCAGGUCGUUCAUGUGUUGGAAGCUGCCGGUGGCAUCGUGUGUUCCGGUUCUCGGCUGACAAGUUAGAUUUUUAUGAUUUGAAGUUAAAACUGAUCUUGUGUCAGUUCUUCUAGGCUGUUUGAACAUUUGGAAGAACCUGACAUGACAGUAGAUUAACAUCUCCUGACAGACAUGUCAUCCCUCUGACCCAUGGAGGCCAAAACCAUGGACCCCAUGAAGUGACUUUAUCCACAAGCUAUCUAGGUAAUGGUUGAAGGGUCAAAGGUCAUUAUUCAGUGUUCUGGGUUAGUGGAGGGCUUUUUUCUCUCCUUUGGAGGAAAGGUAUUUCUAAAGUCAGACAUUUGUCUGCUGGGCCUGUUGGAGUGUGUUGUACAUUUCUUUUCUCAUACAGUAUAUGUAUAUCUAUAUGAUGGUACUUUAUCAUUCUGCUCUAGUUUGAUACACCGUGAUGUCUUUUAUAUUCAUUUUCUAUUUUUAUACCUUUUUUUUUUCCUAAGCAGGAUUCUAGAUAUAGAUUGAAAAGACAGUGAGGAGCUCAGGAAAUACACUUUGUGCUACCGUUUCUGUUUCAGCUGAAAACCACCCAGUCUGUCUGGAGUCAGCCUCCACGUGAUGUUGUAGAUACACAACAUCUUCACAUGUGAUGUUUCAGGUAGACAACAUCUUCACAUGAGAUGUUUUAUAUGGACAACAUCUCCACUUGUGAUGUUUUAGAUAGACAACAUCUCCACAUGUGAUGUUUCAGAUACACAACAUCUCCACAUGUGAUGUUUCGGAUAGACAACAUUCCCACAUGUGAUGUUUUAGAUAGACAACAUCUUCACAUGUGAUGUUUUAGAUACACAUCUCCACAUGUGAUGUUUCGGAUAGACAACAUCUCCACAUGUGAUGUUUCGGAUAGACAACAUUCCCACAUGUGAUGUUUUAGAUAGACAACAUCUUCACAUAUGAUGUUUUAGAUACACAUCUCCACAUGUGAUGUUUCGGAUAUACAACAUCUCCACAUGUGAUGUUUUACAUGGACAACAUCUUCAUGUGUCUUCUCUGCUGCCUGAGCUAUGUCCUUAGUUAUGUCAAAACAAACUCGAAUCACUCCUGUGUGUGUGUGUGUGUGUGUGUGUGUGUGUGUGUGUGUGUGUGUGUGUGUGUGUGUGUGUGUGAGACCUGCAGGCUUCAGGGGUUUAACUUACUGCUCAACUUUAUCACGCUCAUCAUUUUCCAUAGUUUGAUUUUUCUGUCACUGCCCUUUUAUCCUACAGUGUCCUUCCAUUGUUUGGUUUGUCGGAGAUCAGAGUGUAACCCGACCGCUGCCUUCAGAAAGACUGUCAGUACAGUAGCACAUCAGUACAGUAGUGCACCAGUACAGUAGUGCAUCAGUACAGUAGUGCGUCAGUACAGUAGUACAUCAGUACAGUAGUGCAUCAGUACAGUAGUACAUCAGUACAGUAGUGCACCAGUACAGUAGUGCACCAGUACAGUAGUACAUCAGUACAGUAGUGCAUCAGUACAGUAGUACAUCAGUACAGUAGUGCACCAGUACAGUAGUACAUCAGUACAGUAGUGCACCAGUACAGUAGCACAUCAGUACAGUAGUACACCAGUACAGUAGCACAUCAGUACAGUAGUGCACCAGUACAGUAGUGCACCAGUACAGUAGUGCACCAGUACAGUAGCACAUCAGUACAGUAGUGCACCAGUACAGUAGUGCACCAGUACAGUAGUGCACCAGUACAGUAGCGCAUCAGUACAGUAGUGCACCAGUACAGUAGUGCACCAGUACAGUAGUGCACCAGUACAGUAGUGCACCAGUACAGUAGCACAUCAGUACAGUAGUGCACCAGUACAGUAGUACAUCAGUACAGUAGUACAUGUGGUGUUUGGAGUAAGAGGAAGCUCCAGUGUGCCUCUGAGCUCGUCUCAGCACUAUCAGAAUAAAAUGGUCAUGCAACAAAACGUGUGUGUGGAGUUUUCUGUUGUGCUCUUUGUGUCUGCUUGGUUUGACAGACAGU